GUCUCGAGGUCAAUUAAGUGCGGCCCCCGCACGAGAUCCUCAUUUUCCGUUGGACAUUUGCAAAAGACGCUGAUCCGUCCGCUUGCGAUCGAGUCCAUGGCCGUCUAAAGUACGAACCGUCCACGUUUCUGGCUGAGUACCACCGAGACUCCCUGCUUGCAACGGGAACCGGGGAAGUGGCCUGCACGUCGCUGAGUGACCCCCCGAGAUGCCCGGUGCAGAAGAUCUUGCGUGUUGGUUGGACUGAGGCUAGACUGAAGCGGUUGCAACCAAUAUGUUCGGAGGAGACGACCGGAUUCCAUUUAGAUGGAGGAAAUUCUGUGGUUGGGAUCUUCGGAACCUUCUUAGACGACGAUGGGAACGUCGACGUCAGCGGUCGUCAUGUCCAGAGAUGCGCGCUCUUAACUCUCGAGUUGCUGAGCAUCGGCUUCGGCAGAGAAACGGCAACGCGAGAUCAGGUUCCUGAUCAGAAGGAUCAGGAUGGCGGUUGUGGGCCUUUGUGGGCCUGUGUUAACGUCGCCCUGUGGCGCUGGACGACGCGUCGGGCCCCGCCGCUGCGCAGUGAAAAAUAGAACAGAGAUUUACACUCCAUUCGAAAGCACCUCUCCGCCGGUUUCUCUCAGCACCAGGUCUCAAAAUUAUGCCGAAACCGAUUGGAAACUUUCGCCCGGUAGACUUGGAGCUGGCUUACAAAUUCGAAAGCUGCCAAGUAAACGCACGCACAUGAAUUUGCUUGUUAGCCAAGACGGUCAGUUCGGGAGCCGGAGAACCAAAGUUCUGAGUACCGAUGGCCGACGUCGCGACGCUGUGAUGUGUCACGGAGUCACAGCCAUAGGUACUCAUCAUUUGUCAUCACACCACGUACAUGGAAGAUUAUGUGUCCGACUCGUACGACAGCCAAUCAGACUCUCCUCACCCUUCUGAGCCGGUAGUACCCCUGCCCAAACUCAAGCUCGUUCUACCUCCACUCAAGGAUCUGAAGCGAUCCGCCAAAAAGUCCAAGUCCAAGUCCAAGAAGGGGCCCUUUGCGUAUUCAGAGUAUGGAGAUUCUCCUGCCCAGCAGAAAGUGCCCCGGCCCGUGAAAUUGAAGCCUCUGAAAGAAGUUUUGAGUCGCCUCAUAGUGUUGCUGAAGAAGAAGGAUGACUAUGCGUUUUUCCUCAAGCCUGUAGACCCAAACAACGUUCCCGGCUACCUCGAUGUCGUCAAGCGGCCAAUGGAUCUAGGAACCAUGGGUGUUAAGGUCGAGAAGGGGAGAUAUCGCUCACUAGAUGAUUUCGCCAACGAUCUUAAGCUGGUCACAUCCAACGCCAAAGCGUUCAAUCCCGAAGGCACGAUCUACCACACCGAAGCCGAUCGUCUCGAAACAUGGGGCUUGGAUCAGAUCAGCAAAGCGGCUUCGACUGUGAUACAGUACGAGACAGACUGGAAUAUGGAUGGGGACAAUGAAGGAAUUGAGGACGAUGCGGAUGAUUACUCUCUGGCCGUCGACGCACCCCAAGACGUCGAGACACGCAGUCGUUCCCCUUCCUUGUCGCUCGGGACUUCUCGCCUCAAUAUGCUCCGAAGGGGCCCCAGAGGACCGUACAAUAAGAAAGAGAACGCGGUCACUGUGGCCGAAACCAUAGAUGCCGAAGGACGAUUACCCGGCUCAAAGGACGGGCUUGGGGCAUUCCCACCUAAUUCUGAUCUAGCCAGGACUAUGCUGAUGUUGAAGCACAAAGGCAAGCGGUACAAGACGAAGAAGGAACGACUGCGUUUCGAGAAAGACGGACCGCCGUUCCGCAACGACGGGAGUCUCGACUACACUGAAGUGGAGGACCCAUUCUCUUACUUCUCUGGCCUUGUGCCCGAGCCUCUCACCCGCCCUCAACUCGUGCCAUUAUACCAUUCACAGCCCGUGCCCGUCUCGAACGUGCCCACGCUUCUACGGGAAGCGACCGCCACCCCAAGCCCCGCCGGUCCAUCAUAUCCGAUGCCCACCAUGUUCCCGUCGUCUGCGCAACUCCCCCAACCAGCUGCCUCCACGUCAGACAAGCAUUGGUCUGUCCUCCGCGGUGGUGUUCCACGCCGAUUGAAGGAAGAGUCCGGGACGAACACCGAGGACCUCGAAGAACACGCCCGCGAGCCACAUGCGCUCGAUUUUGGCUCCUUGGCCGUCUUGGCGGGCGAACUCGCGGCCGAAAUGCGUCGUCGCGGUGAAUUUCUGCCGGAGGCGAUUGAGGAAGCAGACGUUCUGCAGAAGACGGCAGUCAGGCUGAGCCUACAGAUACCCCCAACAGCUGCGCAGCCGGAUGAUGAUUACUGGAGUGUCUCGCAUGCUCACGACGCGGAGACUUACAUUCGGGAUGUGGUAUACGGCGGUCUCGAUGGCCUCGCUUAUGCCCGCAGUCUGGCUGAAUUCGUAUCCACUCCCGCACUAGAUUGCGAUUCGCCAGCGACGCCAGAUUCGCGCCCCUUAGGAAUGAGUCUGCCGACUUGGGUUUCGCGGAACGUGCUGGACCCGCUGACCGGCGGCCGCCACGCUCUUCUGCAGCAGACUGCAAUGCAACUGAAGUCUGCUUCAUGUGUGGUGGAUGAGGACGACAGCAAACUGCCGGCGCUGGUCGCGGCUGCUGUCCAGGUUCGACCACAGGCUGCUUCGUCUCUUGCGGCUCUGCGCCAGAUCCAGACAUAUCAGAUCGACAUGGGCGCCCUGCUGCAGUCUGCAGAGGAUAUGACACACAGCGAAAAGGAAUGGGAAGGCCACGGACUCGAGCCGGACAAGGUCGAUCUGAAUGCUGUGCUCGACUACGUCGCCGACGCACUCUAUCUGCUGCAAGCCGAGCAGGACGGCCACAUCAAACUCGAGCCGGAUGUGAACAUGGACACGGGCGAGAGUGCCGUUCUCCGCAAUCUGCGACUGAACUUGCUGGAGCUGGCCAAAAGGGCCCCUGUAGACACACUGGCGAGACUUCCGGGCUCAGAUCUCGUGCCGGAAUUGUAUCGGCCGUUUGUACCCACCCUGAGUACUUGAGUCUUGUAAUGUGGUGUAUGUAUGUCUUGGGUGAUCAUGGAUUGUUGAUGGUCACGGGAUCGCGUCUGAUCGCCUUGGCGCGGUUGUCUACGUGACCUUGACUGCGCCCAGCCGUCUCAGACGCUUGACUUGCCUCUGAUGCAAUGCAUUCUCGAAUUCGAUAUCCACGCGCGCUCUCAUGCUGCUAUAUCCCCGAGUCCUUGAUAGCCAUUUUCCCAGCAGACCCGCCACUGUGGCACGGCGUUGCAACAGAUGUCUCACCGGACACUGAAGCGGGAUGGAGUCUGUCGCCACGCAGGCCGCCCGAGGUUGAUCCUGACUGGUGCUUGGACUCUCGCUGGUCAUCUCCGUGUCCUGUCUCGGAGGGAUCGCCGUGUACUGAGACUCGACCAAAAGCGAUCCACCCCUCCUAUACUCAGCCCCUCCUCGAGUCUGCUAUAAAUACGACGCGUCCUCAACUAGAGAAGACACGCUCGUCGACAGCUGGACGCUCGUCUCCUUGUUUCCUCCCGCUGGCUGCGCUACCUUGAUGGGAGAGUGCUUAGGCUUUGGUAGACGCGUGGACCCAGCCUCUGAUUAGCGCUUGGGCUUGGACCGUCCCUAGUGAUGCGAGGGCUUCCUUGUCGCGAGGCAGAGGGUGAAUCGGCUGCGUGCUCGCUCCAUUACCGUGAGGCGCAUUGCACCAACCGCUCCCACUCGGACUCGGCACAGUCUUCGUCAGGCGACUCCCAUGGAACGAUGUCGGAUCAGCUUCGAUGCGGCGGGUGCCCUCUCCUUGCGAUGGUAGGUGGUCGCUCGGUUAGGAGGACAGCGGGCCCCUUGAUGAGAGAGUGCUUGGGCAUUGGUAGACGCGCAGACCCAGCCUCUGAUUAGCGCUUGGGCUUGGACCGUCCCUAGUGAUGCGAGGGCUUCCUUGUCGCGAGCCAGAGGGUGAAUCGGCUGCGUGCUCGCUCCAUUGCCGCGAUGCGCAUUGCACCAACCGCUCUCACUCGGGUCCACCCGCUGGACAGGCCUACAAAGACCCCCGGCUCCUGCAGAUCACGUGCCACAUUGAUCGGCGGCGGGUUCGAUUCAGGCCGCGUGGCGCGCACCUCAAACAAGCGGGAUAAAUAUGUUCAAUCCAUGAACAUUGUAUAGAUAUUUGUAUCUUUAUAAAUGCAUUGACUUUUCCUUUUCUCUUUGUGAAUGUGAAUGUGGCUACCUGCUUGCUCAAUCAAGGAUAAAGCAGGCUCCAGAGCCUUAGCCAGGCCAGGUGCCAUACCAUUCAAAGUGCUUCGAAGCAGCGCUUAAGGUUUGCUUUGCGCUCCUUGGAGAAAUAGAA